UCAAACAACAACCUGUUCUCAACUCAAAAUGAAGUUCUUCGUUGCUAUCGCUGUCGUUGCUUUGGCUGCUGGUGCUUGGGCAUUAACCAUUGACCAGCAAAAGAAGGCUGAAACAUACGCUGCUGAAUGCGUCAAAUCGACCGGAGUCGCCCCAGAUACUCCAGUUAAGCUGAAGAAGGGCGAGUUUGCCGGAGCGGAUGAGAAGACUAAAUGCUUCUCGAAGUGUGUGCUGGAGAAGGCCGGUUUCAUGAACGACAAGGGUGAGGUUCAGGAGAAGACCGUCAUUGACAAGCUGUCGGUCGAUCACGACAAGUCCAAGGUUGAAGCUACCCUGAAGAAGUGCAACCAGAAGGGUGCCAAUGCCUGCGAUACCGCCUUCAAGAUGACCGAGUGCUUCUACAACACCAAGGCCGGAUUGGUCUAAAUAGAGACAUUGUGCUGUGAUUAGUGUGCGAUUAGUUUGGAUUAUGAACUGACCUGAUGAAAUUUUUGAUUAGAGUGAUUAUUUAUUAAACAAAACCUUUCCUACAAAUGAUCUUGAUU